AUGCUACAAACACAAUUCCUUAUAAUUACAACAAUUAUAUUACUUCGCUCACUAGUAUACGCAUUCGAUAAUGAUGCUCAAAAUAAUGUUGCUGUCUACUGGGGUCAAAAUUCUCAAGGUUCCCAAGAAAGUUUGGCCACUUACUGUCAAUCUUCGGACGCUGAUAUUUUCUUACUAUCCUUUGCUGAUGCCUUCCCAACCAUUACACUAAAUUUUGCUAAUGCUUGUUCUGAAACUUUCUCUGAUGACUCCAGCCUACUACAUUGUUCUCAAAUUGCUGCUGAUAUUACUACCUGUCAAUCCCUGGGUAAGAAGGUUCUAUUAUCCCUAGGUGGUGCCAGUGGUGCUUACGGUUUUACCGAUGAUGCUGAAGCUGAAACUUUUGCUCAAACUUUGUGGGAUACUUUUGGUGAGGGUACUGGUGUCACUGAUCGUCCAUUUGAUUCCGCAAUCGUCGAUGGGUUUGAUUUCGAUAUUGAAAAUAAUAAUAACGUCGGUUAUGCUGCUUUAGUCACCAAAUUAAGAACUUUAUUUGCUACUAGUUCUAAACAAUACUAUAUCUCUGCUGCUCCACAAUGUCCAUACCCAGAUGCUUCCGUAGGUGAUUUAUUAGCUAACGCUGAUGUUGAUUUCGCAUUCAUUCAAUUCUAUAACAACUAUUGUAACGUUGAAGCUACUUUCAAUUGGGAUACUUGGGUCAACUACGCUGAAAAUAUUUCUCCAAACAGUAACAUUAAAUUAUACUUAGGUUUACCAGGUUCUGCUACCGCCGCAGGUUCAGGUUAUAUCUCUGAUGUCUCUGUAUUAAAGAGUACCGUUGAACAAAUCUCUACUUUCAGUAACUUUGGUGGUAUUUCACUGUGGGAUGCUUCUCAAGCCUUCAACAAUAACAUUGAUGGUGAAACUUAUAUCCAUGCUGUUAAGUCCAUUUUAGAUGAUAACGCUUCUUCUACUUCUUCUGCUUCUACUUCCUCUGCUUCUUCUGCUUCUAGAACUACCACUACUUUACAACCAGCCACUACCACUUCUACUACCUCUGAAGAUAACACUGUCACCACCAUUACUUCUGAAGAUAUUCCAGUUGACACUUCCAGCGUUGUUAUGACUUCUAUUAGUUACAUUCCAACUACCACUACAUCUAGUAUUAUUAUUCAAGAAACAACUACAUCUGAAAAUGCUGAUGAUGCUAUUACAACUACAGCUACUGAAGGUAAGAAUGUUGAUAGCCCAUCCGCUAGAAGUCGUUCUCAAGAUGAAUCUACUGUAGCAGAUGUCGCCGCUACUACCGUUACUAGUACACCUGCUGCUGUUGCUACCACUGCUACUACUAUGGCUACUACCAUGGCUACUGUUGCCGCCACCUCCACUACUCAAGUUGCUACUUCUACUACCACUACAGCAUCUACAUCUACAGAUUCUGCAGCUCAUACCAUUGCAAAGAAUCUAAACGCUCAAUAUGCUGCAGGUCAAUAUAAUGGUCAGUCUACCUGUACAGAUGGUGAACUUGCAUGUUCUGCAGAUGGUUCCUUUGCCAUGUGUAACUUUGGUUCAUGGGUCUCCAUUCCAUGUGCCGCAGGUACUACAUGUUACGCUUAUGAUUAUGAUAACACAGUAUUAACUCAAUGUGGUUUCACAGAUCAAAAGGUACAGUUCAUGUAA